AUGAUCAGCCCGUCAACUCGCCAGCAAGGUGCUCAGGAAUAUGCCAUUCGGCCAGUUUCACCCGUCCAAGAUGCGGCGGAUCUUGCUGGGACCAUGGUACGCGCCUUCUACCAAGAUCCACAUUGGGCUUCGCUCUGGAAAAACAUUACUCUAGAUGAAAUCAUCUACGAUUGUGAACGACGGCUUCCGCGAAAUCUGAUCGGCGACCUCGGCAUCAAGCGGCACCAGAAGGCAGUGGACAUGGCUACCGGCAAGGCGGUGGGAUAUGCUCGUUGGAUCCUGCCGGAAGGAGCAGCUGACGAAGAGCGCUGGGCCGAUGCCGCGGUGCCGGCAGUCGACGACUCGACGCGACGACAGUUUGAGCAGUUGUUCGACAGCGUCACCCACGACGGCGGCAAGAUCCGCCACCUCAACGAGGCCAUGGUAGGCGAGCUGAGCAUUGCCAUCGAAGUGGCUGAAGAGCGUGUGCGGCGCGGGGAUGCCGAAUUUCUCAGAAGCAUGCUUCUGCGGAGCGGUCUUGCUUACGCGGAUGAGAAGCGUUUGAAGGUGUUGGUUGUUGCCAAAACGCCGGGUGUAAAGCUGUACGAAGAUCACGGGUUUUGCAUUGUGGAAGUGGUAGAACAGGAGCGUCCGCAAUAUGGCUGGUCCACGCCGUAUAGAACAACAAUUCUCGUCCGACAACCCAAGGCAAUGGUGUGA